AUUGCCACAUCGUAUAGGCAUAACUUGCCCGGGGUCACAAACUGACCCCGGGAGAGCCAAGUUAGCAUCAAAUUCUCGUUAGAUCUCCAUGACUCAAUUGAAUUCCCUGAUUCCCUUCAUUAACAUUUACCACCAUCUUCCCUCCCUCAACAUCCACAAGAACAACUCUUCAUCAUCCCAUCCCCAGUAACUUGGGAUUGACCUGAAAAAUCAUGUCAAUCCGCCAUUGGAGAACAUGGGUUCUCAUAAUUUUCCUGAUUUCGACUGCCCUUCUCAAGCUUUCUCUAUCUGAUCCCGAUUCCCAUCUCUGCCGUAAGAAACUUCUGAUGAGAGAGAAAGUCCGCCGUAUGUUUUAUCAUGCCUAUGACAAUUACAUGAAAUACGCCUUUCCGCAUGAUGAGCUGAAACCUCUGACAAAAUCUUUCACGGACUCGCUGAGCGAGCUAGGAAAUUUGAGGUUAGAACACUUGCCACAAAAUUACAAGGGUUCUGCACUUACACUUAUCGAGUCAUUAUCCAGUCUUCUUAUAUUAGGUAACAAUACAGAGUUUGAACGGGCAGUGUCCUGGCUUUCUGAAAACCUAACAUUUGAUGUGGAUGCAAGGGUGAAUCUAUUUGAGUGCAACAUAAGAGUUCUUGGGGGACUUGUUUCUGCUCAUAUGCUUGCAAUUGAUUCUAGAAACAGGUUCACUCCAGGAACUUACAAGAAUGAGCUGCUUACUCUAGCUGAAGACUUGGGACAACGUUUUUUGCCUGCAUUUAGUACACCAACGGGAUUACCAUAUGCAUGGAUUAAUCUUAAGUAUGGAGUAAUGGCGAAUGAGACAACGGAAACAAGCACAUCUGGUUCUGGCUCCCUGAUUCUCGAAAUGGGGGCAUUAUCAAAAUUGACUGGAAACCCACAGUAUGAAGCUGCAGCUUUUCGUGCUUUGCGUAAGUUAUGGAGCUUAAGAAGUUCCUUGAAUCUGUUGGGGACAACACUGGACGUGGUUACUGGAAAGUGGAUAGAGCAUUCUUCUGGGAUUGGUGCUGGAGUUGACUCAUUUUAUGAGUAUUUAGUCAAAGCCUACAUUCUCUUUGGAAAGGAGGAGUAUUGGAGGAUGUUUCAGUCUGCUUAUGUUGCUGUCCAGAAAUAUUUCAGACAUGGUCCAUGGUAUCAUGAAGCAGAUAUGAGAACUGGGCAUGCUACUUACUGGCAACUUACGAGCCUCCAAGCAUUUUGGCCUGGAGUACAGGUUCUUGUUGGAGAUAUUGCAGCUGCGAAUUCCUCACAUCGUGAGUUUUUCAAGGUUUGGGAGAGAUUUGGUGUUUUGCCUGAAAGAUAUCUUCUUGACCAUCAAAUGCUGCAUCCAACAGAAAAGUAUUAUCCGCUACGUCCUGAAUUGGCAGAAUCAACCUUCUACUUGUAUCAAGCUACCAAAGAUCCGUGGUACCUAGAAGUGGGUGAAUCAAUUACAGACUCUCUAAAUUUGCACACCAAAGUCAAAGGUGGUUUUGCUAGUGUUCGAGAUGUCUCAACUAUGGUGUUGGAAGACCAUCAGCACAGUUUCUUCCUUGCUGAGACAUGCAAAUACCUGUAUCUACUUUAUGAUGACUCAUUUUUAGUUGAUCGGAACUACAUCUUCACAACUGAAGGUCACCCUCUCCCCGUGCUUUCUGCCUGGCAUGAUAAAUUUCCAGAAGAGUAUACCUUGGCAAAUAAUACUUUCAUUCAGAGAGCAAGUAAGGUGAGACGAGCUAGUGCGAUGUCACUGCAGGUAUGUCCUGCAAUGACUGCAAGCACUAGUAGACAAGCCUACCAGAAACUCGAAAGUGCAUGCCAUGUCGCUGAUGCCCGUAUCGAUUAUAGAUGUUUGACUGAUGAAGACUGUGGUGUUGAUGCAACCAGUUGUAGGCGAAGGUCAUGCAGCAUAGCUGGCUUCUGUGGGCUGUGGUUAUUUGUAUGACAGUCUACAGAUUCAUGUUACUAUCUCCAUCAAUCAGUCUAGUCUAGAAUGAUAAAUACUCGAAUAUCUCCUCGUUGCUGAAGGUAGUAGAUUAAGUAUAGAGAUAAAUAUUAUUUAUUGUCAUUUACUCCGUAAAUCAUGUAAAACAGUAUUCUUGACAACCAUACAUUAAGUUGUACAGAAUGUAAAGCUUUAAAGCAUGAAGUGGGAAUAGUGUUAUACGGUGUUGAAGUUACGAGCUUUGAGGUUUGGACAUAAUACUUAUGUUGAUCGAACAUGAGUAUUCGGCAUCUAUUACAAAACUGUACCUUUGUAAUUUGUAUACUGAAUUAUUGUAGUGAAAACUGAGAAUGAAGAAGUAGCAGUAGUUUAUCAAUUACUUGUAUCAUAUAGCACAAAUAUUUUGAA